UAGGACUGUAGUGAGACGUGGGUUAUCUAGUUAGACAGAGCCGGAUAAGUACGCACAUCAAUUCUGCUCUACACAUCGCGCAAAAACUUUCUGUAUCAUCGAAUUAGUUCAUAUAAAAGCCUCUCUCUGUGUGUAUGUGUAAAUAUGUCCGUGUAUGUCUGUGUGUCCGUCUUUGACUGACACUGACUGUGGAUACUAUUUGAGCUCCGAAGUUUUUUCCCCAUUUUUGGAAAGCCAGUGAUUUGUUACCGGAGAUCCCGCUUGCUGCUGGUCGCAUUUCCACGCCGCUGUAACACGCUGUAAAACUCUGUAACAUGGAUCUGUUCGUGUGUAACAUGGCUGUGUUAGUGUGUGAUCUGCGCUGAAACGCGAUGUGGAAAGACGAGUAUGAUGUUCAUUUCCACUUUCUGCUCGAGCUGCUUGAUGCCAAUCUCACAGAUGGCCUGUGCGACUCUGACUCUGAACUGGGCAGCCUGGAGACUUUGGAGAGGGGCAGCACGGAUACCCUCGCCAAUGGUUGCCGUGCCGACGCAGAGGCUGCCAAGCGACUGGCUAAGCGGCUGUUCUACCUGGAGGGCUUCAAACGGUGUGACGUGGCGCGACACCUGGGAAAGAAUAAUGAAUUCAGCCAGAUGGUGGCGUCGGAGUAUCUGAGCUUCUUCGACUUCACAGGGUUGUCCUUAGACAGAGCGCUAAGGAACUUCCUGAAGGCAUUUCCUCUGAUGGGAGAAACGCAGGAGCGAGAGCGAGUCCUGGUGCACUUUUCCAAACGCUUCUGUCACUGUAACCCAGAAGCCCUCACCUCUGAAGAUGGAGCCCAUACACUGACCUGUGCUCUAAUGCUUCUGAAUACAGACCUGCAUGGCCAUAACAUCGGGAAGAAGAUGUCCUGCCAGCAGUUCAUUAGCAAUCUGGAUGGUCUAAAUGAUGGAAAAGAUUUUCCCAAAGAAUUACUCAAGGUGCUGUAUAAUUCAAUAAAGAACGAAAAGCUAGAAUGGGCCAUUGAGGAAGAGGAAUUGAGGAAGAGUCUGUCCGAGCUGGUUGAGGACCAGUGUGAGGCAGGGGGCAAGCGGGUCGUUAGGGUAACGGAUGGUAGUAACCCUUUUAUUGCCAUCCCACUCCUGCUCAAUGCUGCCACGUACAAACACGGAGUCCUGACCCGUAAGAGCCAUGCAGAUAUGGACGGGAAACGCACCCCGAGAGGACGGCGAGGCUGGAAGAAAUUCUAUGCUGUGUUGAAGGGCAUGAUCCUCUACCUGCAGAAAGACGAGUAUAAGCCUGAUAAGGACCUGUCUGAAGUGGACCUGAAAAAUGCAGUGCGCGUGCACCAUGCUUUGGCCACCAGGGCCUGCGACUACAGUAAGAGACCCAAUGUUCUCAAGCUCAAAACAUCAGACUGGAGAGUCUUCCUCUUCCGGGCGCCGAGUGAGGAGGAGAUGAUGUCAUGGAUCUUCAGGAUCAAUUUGGUGGCUGCUCUGUUCUCUGCUCCUGCAUUUCCUGCUGCCAUAGGUUCUAUGAAAAAGUUCAGCAGACCUCUGUUACCAUCAUCUACAACCAGGUUCAACCAGGAGGAGCAACUGAAAUGUCAUGAGAGCAAGCUGAAGCAGAUCUCCCUAGAGGUGGAGGAGCACAAAAGGAAUCCACCAGAGCUCACACCCAAGAGCAAAGAGUCAGAGGAGUACCGCAUCAAAGAACACUACCUUACAUAUGAGAAAAGCCGUUAUGAGACGUAUAUCAACCUGCUGCAGGCCAAGUUGCGCGUGGGAAGUGACGACCUGGAUAAAAUUGAGGCCAGUGUAUUCAGUGUAGACAGCAGAGACAGCCACAUGCGCAAAACCCAAUCCAGUCCCUCCAUCAGCCAUGCUCAAGGACUCAACGGACGAGCCGCUCACAAACACACCUCAGAGAGCUCUAACUGAACGCUCAUCGAAGGGUCAAUGAACCUUUGACCUCCGUCUGAGACACAGUUGAGAUGGCAGUGGACGACUGAGAUGGUCUGCCACUUUGGAAAAAGGAGAGACACAUGAACGUAGCAUUAAAACGUCCUUAUUAUUUCAAUGCACAGUAAAGUAGGAUUAUUGUAAGUAUUAUUAGUAUUAUUAUAACAACAUUUUAAUACCGAAGUGAACGUCGUGCCAAAAAGGAAAUACAGAAGUAAACGGAGACCGAGGCUGUAUUAGAGGACCAUGUUUGCAUCACAUGACUGCAGUCGAUUUUGACAGCACAUGGCAGUUUCCUGUGAUGGUCCAUGAGAUGCACUAUGAUCCCAAGGCUGAUUUUACUGUGAUGUCUGGAGAACACUUACUGCAGCAUCAUGGGGCACCUUUCCUGAUGUCAGUAUAAAGUAACUGUGACAUCAUCACUUGUUUCUGGAGUGUAUUCUUUACAAGGUGGAGACUCAAAGUGAUGGCGUGAUGCCACAUGUCAACGAUGAAGCCAUAACACAUUUAUGGUGACAUCUCAGUGUUUAAGUCCAAAUUGUCCGUUGUGUAUGAAUGGGUGUGUGAAUGUGUAUGUGAUUGUGCCCUGUGAUGGAUUGGCACCCUGUCUAGGGUGUACCCCGCCUUGUGCCCCAUGCCUCCUGGGAUAGGCUCCAGGUUCCCCGCGACCCUGAUGGAUAACUGGUAUAGAAAUUUUAUGGAUGGAUGGACCUUAGUGUUUGACUAGUCCGUAUGUAGAAUUGGCUUCCUGACUGACUUUUUUUUUUUUUUUGCGUGACAUGUAGCAUUUGGCUUAUUCGCGAGGCCUUUUUGAUGUCUCAGCCUCAGUAGCUGUUUUAAGGGCUCUGUCACAUGCUGAGGUGUUUGUUCAGAUUCAUAUGAGCUGUCUACAGUAUGAUGCAAAUGUCCCCAUUAUUUAUUAUGUCAUAUUUAUUUAUUGUAAAGUUUCUUUUCUGAGCCAUCACAAUGGACUCACAAUUUAUCUCAGUUGAUUUUAUAUAUAAUCUCAGUUCUUUUUCAGUGGAGCUACCUGCUUGGGGUGGUAGAGAACCCAAAUGUGCGGUUCUUGUUCACAGUAUCAUAAAAGAAGACAGGGUAUAUGAUGGAAAACAGGAACAGAAAGUAUUGGAGUGUGUGUAUGUAUGUACGUGUGUAACAAUGAGAGAAAGAGAGGAAAAGAAAACAGACUGAAAGUGAGUUAAAGUCAUACUGCAGUGUUUAACCUAAUCUCUGUCUAAUGCAUCUGUAGCAUAUGUAUGCUUUCCACAGACAAGAGUUUCAGAGUGGUUAGCACAUUUGCAUUGCACCUCCAGGGUUGGGGGAUCGAAUCCCCCUCUGCGCAAUGUGCGCUUAGCUUGCAUAUUCACCCCAUGAUUCAGAUGUUUCCUCUGGGUACUCUGGUUUCCUUCCACCGGUCCAAAGACAUGCGUUGUAGGCUGAUUGGCAUUUCCAAAUUGUCUGUAAUGUGUGUGUGAUUGUGCCCUGCAAUGGGUUGGCACCUAAUCCAGGGUGUCCCUUGUCUUGUGAUGCAAGUUCCUUGUGAUAGGCCCCCUGUGAUACUGUGUAGGAUAAGUGUUACGGAAAAUUGGAUGGAGGCUCUGUGAUUAAGGCUUUGGGCUACUGAUCAGAAGCUUGUUAGUUCAAAUCAUUACACAGCAGCAAUGCUAUGCAACAAAGUGACUCGUUAAGUUAUUAAUUUCCAACGAGCACUGGCAAUUUCCGGUGACAGGAGACAAAUCAACCAUUAGCAACACAAAAUAAAGUGGCAAGCGAAGCAACAAAGUUAAGGUAAAAGAGAAGCAAAGCAAUUUGGUGACUACUAUUGGUGUGCAUAUCGCACUACUCUGGCUCUACCAGUGAAAUCAUGGCAUCUGGCAGAAAGACUAAUGAUCAAUAAGUUGAUUAAAAAAGAAAUCAGUAAAGCAAAGAUCAAUAAACCAAGAUUACAUGUAAUUGAUCAGCAUAGAAGAAUUUGAAUGAUGCACAGCAAAAAAUUUAUGUUUUUAUAUACACAGAUCAGCCAUGACCUUAGAACUACUGAGAGGUGAAGUGAAUAAAAUUGUGUUGACUUGGCCUCCAAAUUCCCCAGAUCUCAAUCCAAUUGAGCAUCUGUGGGAUGUACUGGCCAAACAAGUCGGAUCCAUGGAGGCCCCAUCUCACAACUUACAGGACUUAAAGGAUCUGCUGCUAAUGUCUUGGUGCCAGAUACCACAGCACACCUUCAGAGGUCUUGUGGAGGCUAUGCCUUGACAGGUCAGAGCUGCUUUGUCAGCACAAGGAGGACCUACACAAUAUUAGGCAGGUAGUUUUAAUGUUAUGGCUGAUCAGUGUAUUUUAUGCAAGUGGAACAAUAUAGUAAAUCCAGUUACAGACACUUUCCCUGUCAUGAUUUGUGGUAUUCAAGUGCUCUGUCAAUUCUGGUAACCCCAGAUACUUCCCUCUGAAUAAAGUAGUCUAACAGAUGAAAUAAACAGCUAAAUUUCCAAAUAUAAUCGACUCCAGAUGUAAUAAAAAAUGUUCUACAAAAAUACAUGUUCUGCAUAAAUAUUUAAUGACUGCCUAAAAUCCCUAAAAUCUGCCCUUCAUUAAUUUUCUAUUAAUUCCUUUUGAGUCAUCUCAUGUCUUGUCCAUGGUGUUUACACAUAUGCUACAGAUGCUGGAGAUGAAGAUUACAAUAAGUGAAAAAAACCACUGGAGUAUUCCUUUAAGUGCUAUGUCAAAGUGCAACAGGGAAGAAGAUUUCUAUAUGCUUGAAAGUGACGCGGGAGUCGUAGUCUUCUCGCAGCGGACCAAAAGAAGCCUUCCCAACAAACAUGAAUAGAGCCUGAAGCAGCAGGACUGCAAAUUCAGACCAAGAUAUCUACUCAUAUCUACAUCACGCACUGUAGCUUAAUGGACUAAAUGAUACAAAUCUGUUCAAAUGCAUUAUUAUGCUGUAAAUCACUACCGUGUACAUGGGAUCAGCGUUAUGUUUGCAGACGAGGACUGCUAACGGCACUAUGUCUACACUUAGCUCUUCAGCAGCGGCACAGUGAACCCCGGUGUCUCUACCCAUGCCCAUGGUACAGACUUUGUGUGUUUGAGCAAGUGCAAGUAGAUUUUUCUAGUGCAGUUUUGAUGCAUGAUGACAGUGAGAGUGAGAAAAUGAGCUUGUGGCUCUUGCACUGCUAUAUAUGAAAUAACAUAAAGAGCUGCAAUUUUAUACACUCUUUAGUAACUGCUUUCAUAAACUGACUUCCCUAUACUUGUCGCUUUGGCUGUUGUGCUAACUAUGAUUUUCCCCAAUGUUUAGGGUAGAACACAAUGCUGUUGUAAUAAAAAAAGAUUGUGAUGAUUAUUUUAUAA